AUGAUCAAACAUGUUCACGCAGAGUCUGGAAUGGAUUGCAUCAUACAAUGUGUGGUGUUCCCAGACAAGUCAUGCAGAUCUGCUAACUACAACAAAACCGCAACUGCUGGAGGAGAAAAAAAUUGCGAGUUACUCAAAACUGUUCAUUCAGAAGAAGAUGCAGGGAGUUUAAAGAGAAAUGAAACUUUUGAUCACUACAUAAUACUUUCACCCGAAAGAGUAAGUACAAUACUGUCAGAAUAUGUUUAUAUUGUUUAUAAACAGAGUAGUUCAAAACUGGACCAAUUUUCAAAUCGUUAUGGCUUUAUAAUAAUAUGAGUCGAAUUGAUGUUUAUCUUUUUGUUUGUAUUUUCCAACUAUGUAUUUGUUUAUGUUUAUGUUUAUGUUUAUGGUAAUCAUGGGUAAGCACGACUGCAUGUAUAUGAAGACAUUUUAUUUAAAAAAUUCAGCAGACCUCCCCAUAAACCACGAUGACAAGCAACGUAGACCGGUGCUGUGUUACAUGGAGAGUGGGUUGGGGGAGAUUGAGCACUUGAGCAAUAUUUAAGUAAAAUACAUUGUUUAGUUUUUUCAACUAAUAUAUAUUUAUUCCCAGGAAACUCAACAUGCUGAUUCGUCAAGCACCACUCUACCAGUAACAGAAACAAUAUCAACAAGUAGGUAUCAGUUAAGAACUUGAGAAGCCAACCAUGUGCUGUAACCAACCGAGAAACCAUGCACUACAUCCGAAUGGAUCAAAUCGGAAAUAGAAUUGUGACUAAUUUAUUAGUCAUAACCAGGAGCAGUUGCCAAAUAUGCAACCAUAGAGCCAAUAGAUGCAGCCGAAGCUGUUUGCUCCUGCAUGGUUACAGGUCUAACAAAUUUUUAAAAAUUUCACUCAAAUUUAUGACUUACAAACUCCUUUUAUGUUUUUUUAAAAAAAUAUCUCUUCUUAAUAAUUAUUGUAGUAACAUCUACACCGAAAGAAACACACAGUUCGACAAUAAGUAUGUGCACAAAGAAUCAAUGUCAACUUCUAUAUUCCGUGUUUGCGAUUACUAAUUGUUAUUCUUUUAAAUAACUUUUCUCAAAAAUAUAUAGCAACAUCUAUACUGGAAAAGACAGAUUUAACAGCGGAACCUACAACCCAGCGGGCAAAAUGACGUUUAUCCAACGUUGAAUCAACGUCGGAAAUGACCUUCCAGACGUUGGAUAGGCGUUGAAAAAGGGUUGACUAUGCAAAUUGGAUCGACGUUACUGUUUCGACGUUGAAACAACGUUGAAAUUAGGUUGCCAAUCUCGUCAAUCAUUAUUCAACGUUGAAUCCACGUUAAAACAACGUUGAGAUUGGUUCACAAAUCGACGUCGUACAUUUAACCAUGAAUGAAAGUUAAUUCAACGUCUGUUGGCUGCUGUUGAACAAAUGUUUGUAAAACAACGUCAGAGCAACGUAGAUAUUAGGUUGUCGACGUCGCAACCUUUUUUCUACCACAGUUCAACGUUGAAACAACGUCUAGUGCCCGGUGGGAAGUAUGUUCACAAUGAAUCAAUGUAAAUAUUCAAUAUUCAUCUUUUAUCCUAAGAAUUAAAUUUUUAAACUGAAACAUCUAAACUGAAAAAGAGAACUAGUUUAACAACUCAACCAACACGUAUUGGCAGAAUGAAUCAAUGCAGAACUUCAGUAAUCAUUCUUUCAUGCUAAGAAUAUUAAGUGUUACGAUUUUAAUUACUACCCAUCUCUUUAUAGCAACAUCUAAACUGAAAACGAGAGCUUGUUUAACAACUCCACCAACAAGUAUUUGCAGAACGAGUCAAUGCAAAACGUCUGUGUUCAUCCUAGUUUUAUCCGAAGAAUAGUACAUGUUAUGAUUCUAAAUAUUACAUAUAUCUCAUUACAGCAACACAGAAAAAGACUGGUGGUUUAACAAUUCAACCAACAAGUAUGUGCAGAAUGAGUCAAUGCAGAACUUCAGUGUUCAUCCUUUCAUCUUAAGAAUAUUAAAUUGUUAUGGUUUUAAAUAUUACUCCUCAUCCUAAGAAUAUUAAUAUUUAUAGUUUUAAACAUUAUUGUUACCUUCAAUUAUAGCAAAUUCUACAGCGAAUGAUAGUAGACCUAGGUCUACAACAUCGAAAACUCAACCAACAGAUACGUUCACAAAGAAUCAAGGUAAAAUUCCAUUUUCAUCUUUAUAUGUUUUUAAGAAUAUAUUACAGUUAGCUUUCAAUUAAGUCUUCUAUAGAAUUAUAUUGCAAAAUCUGGACCAACCAUGCAAGAGAGAAACCUGUAGUUACCGCUUGCUUAAUAUAAUGUAUUUUCUCGUUUAUAGAUAAUUCUACACCGAGAAGAACAAAUCCUUCCACAACUCAGCCGCAGCUAAAAAGUAAGUUGACAAUGUAAAACAACUGUCCAAAACAUAAUGUCCGUGUAUAGUUAACUUGCCUAAUGUGUUCAUCUUUAUAGAUAAAUCCACACUGCAGAGAAAAACAGAUGUAACAACAACUCAAGCGAUAAGUUAA